AUGUCCGCAUCGGCACAGCCCGCCGCCUGCUCCCCGCGCGUCCGCGCGCUGAAGCAUGCGGAGGCGCAAGGAGAUACAACGCGCGCAAUUACAUGCGGCGCGCACGUCCGACGACUUCAUGGGUCGACUGACGGCGGCGCUGGGCGAUCUGCAGCACCGCUUCCAGGGCUCCGUCACCAACGUCUCGCUAGGUCCGCUCCCGCGCCCGCCUCUCCGCCCCCCCGCCGCUCCCCUUCUCCCCGCACUCCCGCUCUCCCUCUAUUUUCCACUCUGUUCUGUUCCUCGCCUUUCGUCCCCCGCCUGCCCCCGCUCCACGCGCGCCUGUUGUGGAAGGCGCAAGGCGCCGUGGGGAAGGGCAUUGCGGACGCACAGUGCAGCUUUAAGUGCUUAAUGUCGUUUCGCUUCAAUCGCAUCUGCUCGCCGUGUUCGCGUGCGCCCGUCCGCGCGUCCGCGCGUGCGCCGUGCGCUUUGCGCCGUGCUGUGCAUGCGUGGCAGGUCCGCUGUACGGCGAGUACGGCACGUUCCUCCCCACGCACGUCACGCCGUCCGGGGCUGCUGCCGCGCCCUCCGCGCGAGACGCACCCCGCGCUGCAGCAGCGGGCGCGGGAGGGGGGACUACAGCAGGAGCAGGCGGGGCCGGGGGAGGAGCUGGUAAUUCAGGCGCGGCGGGAGCGGGUGGGGCGGCGGGAGGGGCGGGGGCGGCAGGCGGCGGCGAGGACGGCGGGAAGGACGGUGGCGGGCGGGCGGACGGAGGCGCGGAGGCGGGCGAUGGCGGGCAGUCGGCGCGCAGUGAGGGCGACUGCAUGCAGGUGCUGCGCGCCGCGCCUCUCGCGCUCGCUCGCUCGCUCUCCCUUUGCCAUGUCGCUUUCUUCCUCCUCCCUCCCCCAUCCCCCCUUCCUCGUCCCCUCUCCCCCCCGCUCUUCUUCCUUCUCUUCCUUUUCUUUGAAACACCCCCCGUGUCUCUGCUCCCUGUGCACAACGCUCUCCGCAUGUCACUCACCCCCGCGCCCCAACCCCACAUGCCCCUCCCCCCCGUUCCCCGGCCCCCCGGGCCCCCAUCCCCCCCUGCGCGCGCCGCAGGUCAUCCCGCUGCUGGAGGCGGACAUGGGGCCGUCGGGCGUGCUGGCAGUGGCGCGCAGCAGCGUGCCCGCCGCCAUCCCCGGGCCCUCCGCCGCGUGGCUGCGCGAGCAGCACAGCCACAGCCACAGCCACGCGCACCACCACCACCACCACAGCCACUCCGCGGACGCCGCAGACGGUGCGGAAGGGGCGGAAGGGGCGGAAGGGGCGGAAGGGGCGCGCGAGGAGCGGCGUGACGGGUCAGGCGGGGGGGACGGGAGCGGGGACUCGGGGGAGGGCGAGGAGGAGGGGAUGCAGGAGGGGCGGCGUGGGGGCGCGGGCGGCAGGGAGCAGGACGGGCGGAAGGGGGAGAAGACGGGGGGGAGUGGGAAGGGGAAGGGGAAGGGCAGCGGGGCGAAGGGGGGCGUGCGGUCAGUGAAAAUCAAGCUGGGCGGGCGGGCCGUGGCGCGGGAGGGCGCGGGCAACGGGGCGGCGGGGGGAGGAGGCAGCAGUCCAGGCAGGAGCGGAGGGGGCGAGUGGGGGGACGAGAAGCGGAGGCGGCGGGGGCGAGGGCGAGAGGAGGGCGUUGCAGGGCGGGCAAGGAGCGAGGCGUGGGACAUGAGUCUGGAUGACAUUCACGGGCUGCUGACGGCGCACGUGGCCGUGAAGCUGCUCUCGCCGCUCGCCUCGCUCCUCACGCCGCCGCCCCACCAUCACUCCACCUUCCCGCCCCCCCUCUCGCCCCCUCCUCUCAACCCUGUGCGCUCCGUCGCGCCCCCGCCCGCGCGCGCCAACGGCGUGCAUGCGCCAGGGCGCGCGGAGGCGCAGGCAGGGGCGGAGGGGAAGGGGAAGAGGGACGCAGGACAUAGCGGGUCCGCGCAGGGCGUGGGCGCGGGGAGGGACGAGGGGCGGAGGGGGGACGAGGGGGCAAGGCACAGGCAGUGGCGGCUGUCCCCCACAGGCGCAGCGCAGCAAGCGCAAGGGCGGGGGGGUAGCGGCGGCAGUGGCAGUGGCAGCGGCGUGAGGGGGUCCGUGUCUCCCCCUCCUCGAAGCCGCCUCGCCUCCCGCUCUGCCAGCCCUGCGUCUCGCGCCAGGCUAGGCACGCCAGACGGCGCGGGGUACAGCCCCGGUUUACCCGCGAAAAAGGAGGGCGGUGGCGCGGUUUCUGGGCGGAAGUCAGGCGGAGGCAGCGGGGGGAAGGAGAGGGGGCUGGAGGAGGACGGUGGCGCAGGCGGGAAGGACGGGAAGGGCGCACGGGAGGGCGGGGAUAAAACGGUGGAGGUGAGGAGUGAAGGGGGCAAGAAGAGGGGGAAGGGGACGGAUGCGGUCCAGGGGAAGGGCGGAGGAACGGACGCACAGGGGGGGCGGCCAGGCGCAGGGGCGCGGGAGGGUGGUGGCGCGUGGGCGGGCGGCAGCAAGGAUGGAGCGCGGGGGAAGGCGCAGGGAGGGGAGCAGGGCGAGGCGAGGGCGGAGAGGGGGGUGGUGGGUGUGGCGGAGAAAGAGGGCGAGCGGGCGGCGGUGGGUGCUGGCGAGGUGCGCGAGGGGAAGGAGAACGGCGCGUGGGGCAACGGCGUUCCCAGUGGGUCCGGGUCAGAGGAGGCGGGCGGGGAGCGGUGGAGGGAGAAGGAGGGCGCUCGGUGGCGGGGUGAGGGCAGGGAGAGGGGGAGGGGCAAGGAGCGAGGUGGGGAGGAGGGGAACGGGGAGGCGGGGCGGGAAGAGGGGACGAGUGAUGGGGGCAAGGCGAGGGAGGGGGGGAGGGAGAAGAAGCAGCGGAAGCAGGGGAGGGAGGAGAGGGAUGGCGAGGGGCAGGGCGACAUGGCGAAGGGCGGUGAGAAGCGAGGUGGGGAGAAGGAGGUGAGGCGGCGGGGGGAAGGGGAGGGCGAGAGGGACGGCGAGAGGGAGGGUGGCAGGAGGGGUGCACAAGGGUGGGAGGAACAGCGCGAAGGGGGGGGCGGCGAGAGAGGCAGGGAGGGCGCGGAGGAGGCGGAGGAUGCUAGAGAGGGGGAGAGAAGAACGGGGGAGGCGGCAGGGAGUGGCAUGGCGCGAGUGCUGUCACUUGCGGAGGGCGUGGGGGAGGGCGGGGCGGGCGAGGGCGCGUCCAGGGAAGCAGCGCUGCGCAAUGGCCUGGUGGCGGGUGGCGCUGGGGGGAGGGGCGUGGGGAAGAAAGCACCCAAGGGGGCUGCGGCUGCAGACACAAGCCGAGGGGGCGGGGCGGCCGGGGGGGAGGGCAAUGAGGAAGGGCGUGGGCGGGUGAAAGCGGAGGGAGCGUGGGAGGAGGGUGGAAGAGGGGGCAAGGUGGGUGGGCCUGGGGGGUCGAAGAAGCGAGCGCGGGAGGAGUGGGACGGGGAGGGGCAGGAGGGCGACGCUAUGGGUGGGGUGGCGCAUGGUGGCAGCACAGGGGGGCGCGCUGCAGGCGGUGCAUUGGGGGGCGCAGGCAAGGAGAGGACGGGGAAAGGCAUUCGGGAAGGCAAGAAGGAUCGUGGAAAGCAGUGGGAGGGGAAGGUGGGGAAAGGCGAGCAGGGAGUGGCGAGGGAGAGAGGGCCUGCAGCAGAUGGCCCUGCUGCUGCCACUCCUGCUGCUGCUGCUGCUGCUGCCACCGCCCCUGCACUGCCCCUGGCUGCUGCAGAAGGGGGCGGGGCAGAGCAGCUGAAGGACGACUGGGUGGGGUGCGAGGCGUGUGGCAAGUGGCGCCUGCUGCCGCCCUCCAUCCAGCCCUCGUCGCUGCCAGACGAGUGGUACUGCCACAUGAACACCUGGACCUCUGCACCUGCUCCUCUUUGUGAGAGGCUGUCAUUGCUUGCCCUUCCCUCGGUCUUUUUUUUUUCCUGCAGCAUUCUCAUUCUCUCCCCUCUCCCCUCUUUCCUCUCCGCUCUCCCCUCUUUCCUCUCCUCUCUCCCCUCUUUCCUCCCCCCUCUUCCCUCUUUCCUCUCCCCUCUCCUCUCUUUCCUCCCCCCUCUCCCUUCUUUUUCCUUCCCGCUCCCCUCUUUGCUCUCCCCUCUCCCGUCUCCCUUCUCCCCUCUACCCUCGCCCCUCUACCCUCCCCCCUCUACCCUCGCCCCUCUACCCUCGCCCCUCUACCCUCGCCCCUCUACCCUCGCCCCUCGCCUCACAUGGCGGCGUGGCAACAGGCCGGAGUUAGCGCAGUGCGAGAUGCCAGAGUACCGCACGUCAGCAGCAGUCUACUACUCGCUCGGGCUGCCCUUCCCCACGCACCUCCUCCCCCCAGGCGCCACUCUCCCCCCGCCGCCGCCCUCUGUCGUCGCCGCCAUGCAGGCCGCUGCUGCUGCUGCUGCCGCCGCCGCUGCUGCCGAUAUAGAGGAGAUGGAGCGAGAACGCGAAAGGGAGAGAGAGCGAGAAAGAGAGAGGGAACGAGAAAGGGAGAGAGAGAAGGAGAGAGAACGAGAGAGGGAGAAAGAGGGGGAGAGGGAGAGUGAACGGGAGAGAGAAAGGGAGCGUGAGGAAGGGAGGUUGAGGGAGCGGGGACGGCGUGAGGGGUUGGCAGGUGAGAAUGGAGAGAGUUUGGGGAACGGUGGCGACGAGAGGGUGGGUAAGGAUACAGAGGGACUUGUAGACAGCAGGCCGGGCAGGCAUGGUCGCGCGGGCAGAGAGGGCCGGGAUGGGAGGGAAGGGAGGGAUUGGAGGGAUGGGAGAGAGGGGAGAGAGGGGAGAGAGGCGAGGGAUGCGAGGGAUGGGAGGGAUGGGAGGGAGGGGAGGGAGGUACGCGAUUGGAAGGGCAAGGAGCGGAGAGAGAGUGAGGAAGGUGGUAGGGACGUGGGGAAGGCGAAGCAGGAGGGUGGCGUGGAGGAGCGAGGGCGAGGCGAGAGAAAGCGAGACACGGGCGAGUGGCAAGAUGGGGCGGAGAUAGGGAAGAGGGAUGCGAGCAGGAGAGACGGUUGGGGGAGUGAGAGGAAGGGCGGGGACAGUGGCAAGGUGGUAGGCGAGGAGAGGGGAGCAAAGGCGGAGAAGGGGGAGGAGGAGGGCACAGAGCAGGGCGCAGGCACAGGGGUGAUAGUGGGUGGUCGCGAGGCCGCAGGGGUGGGCGUGAAACAGGAGGGCGGGGGCGGCAGUGGUGGUGUUGGUGGUGGUGGGGGUGGUGGUGGGGGUGGUAGCGGUGGUGCAGGGAAGCAAUCGCCACGGUCGCCAGCAGGUGUGGGCGUGCAGGGAAGGCCCGCCAUCAGCAUCCUCACUUCCUCCUCCUCUGCAGCUCCUGCUGUGAACGUGCCCGGGCGAAUAGCAUUCUGGGAGAAGCAGGAGAAGGAAGAGAAGCAGGAGAGGCAGGAGAAGCAGGAGAGGCAGGAGAGGCAAGAGAAGCAGGAGAAGCAGGAAAAGCAGGAGAGGCAGGAGAAGUUAGCAGGGAAAGCAGCGGACACAGUGCGCGCAGUGCCGCACGUGGCCCCCACACAGGCAUGGCCUAGCGACAAGGACAAGGCCACACAGGGGCAGCCUUCACCUCCUCUGCCUGCUGUUGGCGCACAGGCAGAGACAGGGGGGGCAGGGGGAGCAGUGGGGGCAGGGGGUGCAGCGGGUGCAGGGGGUGCAGGCGGGGCAGCGGAGGGCGAGUCAGAAGCGCAGCAGGAGGUGGAGAUGGACGUGGAUGACGGGCAGGACGAGCAUGUCGUUGCCUCGCUCUCCCGCCCCACGCCCCACGCCCACUGGCCCUCCGCGCUCCCCCCACCUCCGCCCUCACUCCCUCCGCCCCCCCCACUCUUCCCCCUGCCUGCCCCUUCUGCAGCGCCAGUGCAAGCGCGGGAAGGCAAGGAGGAAGGGAUGGGAGCAGCGGUGGGUGAGGGUGCAAGCCAGCCCAGUGUGUGGGCAGGUGCACAGGGCGCACCCCCUGCCGCCCCGUCGCUCACAGCCCUCUCCGCGCCGCCCCCUUCUGCCACACCUCCUCCGGCUGUACCACUUGCCUCCGCUGCUGCUACCCAGGCUGCUCCUCUCGUGUCCCCCCUGCCCGUGCCUGCAGGCCCCCCCCGGUCGUCCUCUCUGCGCGCCCGUGGGGGACGGAAUGGGGAGGGGCGAGGGGGGCGCAGCAGGGGCGCGGGCAGGUCGCCUGAGGGGAGGGGGAGAGGGGGGGAAGGGGGGGAGAGGGAGCGGAAGGAGGGCUCGCGGGGAUGGGGCGCGGGGUAUAGAGAGGACGGGGGAAGAGGAGUGGGGGGGAGAAGCAAGGAAAGGGAAGGGGGCGGCAGCAGAGGGGAGGGGAGGGGCGGGAGGGAGGAGUCGGCGCAAGGAAGAGGGAGAGGGGAGGAGAGAGGAGGGAGGUCUAGUAGAGAAGGGGAGGGAGGGGGUAGGGAGAGGGAUGGGGCUGGAGGGAGUGUUGGUGGGGGUGGAAGAAUGUACUCUCCCUCACAGGAGAGGGGCGAGCGGGAGAAGGGGCGGGACGGGUGGGGUCGCCGAUACAGCAGCGGGGAUAGGGAGAAGGAACGGGGCAAGGAGAGGGAGUGGAACAGGGAGCGGGAUGCAGACGGGGGGAGGUACGAUAGAAGGGGGAAGGACGAGCGGAGGGAUGAGAGAGGAACCAGGCGGGACAAGGACUGGGACGGGAGGAGUGAGCGCGACAGGGAGUGGGAUGACCGGGGGGCGGGGAAGUCCAGGGACAGAGACAGAGACAGAGACAGGGACCGGGACAGGGAUUGGGAGAGAGAUAGGGAUAGAGACCGGGAUAGGGACAGGGACAGGGACAGGGAUAGGGAUCGGGACCGGGAUAGGGACAGGGAUAGGGAGAGGGAGAGGGAGCGGGGAAGAGGGGGGCGGGAGUUGGAGCGGGAUAGGAGGAGGGAGAGGACGUUUGGCGGGUCUCGAGGUGCCUUCCCUGCGUCGUCUUCAUGGCCGGCAGAGAAAGACCCUGCCGAUGGCCCUGCUGCUGCCACACCCGCCUCGCUCCCUCUUGUUUCCCCUACCGGCGUCCCUGCUGCCGCUUCUGCGGCAGGUGAUGUGCCCCCCUCAGUGAGUGCUGCUGUGCCCCUUGCAGGCAGCAAUGAGGGCGUGGCAGCAGAAGGUGCGCAGCAGGGCACGCCACUCCUGCCUGCCGCUCACCACCUGGGGGUCGUGUCACCUGCUCUUGCUGCCCCUGCGCCUGCUGCUUCUGCCAGCGCUGCUGCUCCUGCUCCACUAGCAGCACCACAGCAUGCUGCCACAGACGCCGCACCAAAAGACAUUGCUGGCGCUGGCACUGGCGCUGCCACGGGUGCCCCUGUUGUUGCCCCUGCUCCGCGCUCUGCCGCCUCCCGCCCGGCACCCCCUCCUGCCGCCUCUCCCAGGGGGCAGCGCCUCUCCGCGUUCCCUGCUGCCAUCCCCGCGCCUGCCUCCGCCACACUCACGGCUGGGGCGCUGGCAACAGGGGGGCGAGCAGCAGGAGCAGGCCUAACGGCAGCAACGUAUGGGGGGGGUGCGGGCUCAGGCAGUGCGAGAGGUGGUACAGCAGCGCUGGCAGCACCUGGAGGCAGUUUGUGUGUUGAAGCCCCAGUAGGGCCGGGGGCGGCAGUGGGUGCAGCGCCUAUGCACGUGCUCACUCCAGACCGAGCACUGCUGCCCACUGCACUGCACUCUGCCCAGCACCCAGACAGAGGGGUCGCUGCUGCCACGGCCAUUACAGCAACAGGGGCAGUGGCAGGGGGGGGCAGUGGGGGGGCGGUGGGGGCAGUGGGUGGUGGGGUGCGGCGGUCUAUGGUAGCGGCUGUGGAUGCAAGCAGCAAGAAGGUGGCACGGCAAGAGGCAGUGGAUCUCAAACACAUGGCGGACAAGAGGACGGACAGUGUGGAGAAGGCGGACGGGUACAUGAGGGCGGCCUUCAAGUUCCUCGACUCGGUCGGCUGUGACCCCUCGCACCACGCGCCCGCCCUUGCCUCGCAGGCUGCAGCAGCGGCACGCACUCUUAAUGAAACGGCCCAGCUCUUUGAGUGUACAGGGCGGCUAUACGAGGCAUCGGCGCUGCACGCGCCAGCAGCGCUGGCAUACAAGUGUGCUGCCAUCGCACGCACUCGCGCACUCGCUGCACUGCGCUCCGCCAGCAAGCGGGAGAGGCAGGACCUGCUCAUGCUCGCGGACUCGCACCCCCAGCCACAGCAACCUGCUGCUGCUCUGCCUUCUUCCGACCACCAAGGUGUGAGGGCGGGAGCAUCACCAGCAUCCUCAGCAGCAUCGGACGUGGACAAUGCGUCCGCCACUCUCAGGCACCCCCACCACCACCAUCACCACCACCACACACCCCUCUCCACCUCCAAUCUCACCGCCCCUGCCUCCUCCCCCUCGCCCUCUCCUGCGCCUGGAACUGCUACUGCCAUUGCUGGAGCAGGGGGAGGAGCGGGGGGGGCAUCGUGUGUGUGCAUACCGGAUCGCCUGGUGCCCAGCCUGCGCAGAGUACUCAAGGAGGGCAACGACAUGGCGAGCAUCAUGGACACGUGGGGCAAGGCGGCAGCAGCAGCAGCGCAUGCGAUGCAGCACGCGGACGUGAGUGCGGCGGCGCUCAUGAAGCUGCAUGCCGUGGGGGACUGUGCCGGCAUGCUGCCUGGCGAUGCCGUGUGGCGCGCUGCCCUUGACGCCUUCGCCUCCAUCCGCCCCUGA